AUGGCAACCAAGCUGCGCAAGGCCGCUUUACUCACUAUCGGAUCCCGACACUCCAGCUUCGAGGAAACCAUCGAGUGUGCUAUUUUGGAAACAAUUUCUGGCCACUUACCGAAUCAAGUAUGCGACGUCAGCGGUUGGGGAUUGGAACCAGGGCUGCCACUUGCGGACGACAAUUUCCAUACGCCAGCGAACAUCGACUUGCUCAUUGGGGCCGGAGUCUUUUACAAGCUUCUGGAAAGCAACCGAAUUCCACUUGGACCGUUCAAGCCGGUCCUCCAACAAACCGUAUUGGGUGAGUGUUACACCGGAAGGCCGGAAAACCCAACCGCACUCAGUCUGAUUACUACGUUACCAUCCGAUGAAACACUGCUUUCGUUAAAUCAGCUGGUCGCACGGUUCUGGGAGCUAGAGACCUUAGUUCCACAGCCAAUCCUCUCCGUUGAAGAACAGGGGUGUGAAGACUAUCGACUACAUACUACCAGAGAUCACACUGGUAGAUAUGUAGUCAAACUUCCCUUUAAACGAGACCCGGUAGAGAUGGCCGAAACGGGAUACGAGGCGCUGCAGCAAUUCAACGCACUUAGCAGGCAACUACAAAGGGAUCCAGAGAAGAGGAAACUUAACGAAGAUUAUAUCAACGGGUUUAUCACCGUGGGCCACAUUAGUCGUGCGGCUCCACUAACGAAGGCUCAACGGCUAAUAUAUCUGCCACACCAUGGGGUCCAGAAGGAGAGUUCCACCACCAAGCUCCGGGUGGUGUUCAACGCAGCGAUGAAAGCCAAGAAUGGUGUUGCGCUGAAUGACCUGCUUAUGACGGGGCCGGUAAUACAAAAAUCACUGUACCACAUACUCCUCAACUUCAGACGGCAUCCAGUGGCUCUAACGGAGGACAUCGAAAAGAUGUACCUCCAGGUCCGUGUUUCACCAGAGGACAGCGAGCGAUUAAGAAUGAUCUGGCAAGAGCCGGGUCGCAAGGUGGCGGAAUAUUAUAUGAAUACAGUAACAUUCGGUUUGACGUGCGCACCAUUCUUGGCGACCAGGACGCUAAAACAGCUCAUCAUCGAUGAAGGCCCAGAUUUCCCCGUGGCCCAAGAGAGUAUAGAGGAUUUCUACAUGGACGACUGCCUGACCGCGGCGGCUUCCAUAGCAGCGGCUAGGCAGAAAAGGGAGCAGCUGACGGCAAUGCUGGCAAGAGGCGGUUUUCCGAUACGGAAGUGGCCUCCAACGAACCGGCAGUUCUUGAAGGAGUACCUCGAGAGGACUGCGCCACGAAGAUGGCGUUGGACUUCGAACCCGACGCUACUGUUAAAACACUAG